AUGAUGUCGGGCCCAUGGAAGCCGGCCAAAUCAGGCACUGUGGGCUUCGAUGAAGUGCAGAUCGUGGCGUCUCGACACGGCUCGGCAGAGAGCCGAGAGGCGAUUCGCACCACAGGCCUUGAGAGAUACAUGAAACCCUUAAAGCUCAAGGGCGAUGGCUCAAUUGAAGUUACGGUCCACUACGUCAGUGACGAGACCCUCGUGCAAGAGGAUGAAGUCGGUAAUACAUAUGUCUUCAAAAAGAUGUCGGAGUCCUAUCCAAUUCCAUACGCCUCUUGCCUUCAAUGCUUGUACUUGUGA